CAUGCAUCACCCCCAGAUUAGCGACGUUGCCACUGAAGCCACCCAACCCGAGGCUGAACAGGUCGGAAAUCUCCUAGCACAGCUUUACAUUGAAGAAAGCCCGUCCAUCGAUGUCGUUCAUGAUAACUCUACGAAUCUUCGAACGGUAUCUCAAGCAGAGGCAGAGGCUGUACAAGCUCUCCUAGUUUCAGACACACGUGACAGGGUGAUAAUGCCCAUGGCCCGUAGAGUCCCGAGAUCGUCUCUCCCACAUAUAGAGACACGGAAAGCACCUGUAUCUGAGGACCUGGUAAGUCUUUGUCGGUAUGCUGAAAAGAAUACAUGGACAUUGGGUGUCGUUCGAUAUCAUACAUAGGUCAAGCGCGUGGUAUACACGUACCUGAUGGAUCCUGCAACAAAGCAGAAUGUACCUACUUCGCGUACACAUGGCCUGAAGCUCGACUUGCUGUUCAUCCUGGAUCUCACUGGCAGUCAACAGCCAUACAUAGACUCAGUCAGAUCAUCCAUUAAUGCUAUCUGCGCGGAAAUACUGGGAUCAGAUCAUGUGAAUUCAACUCGGCCAGGCGAUCUUCGCGUCGCAUUUAUUGGGUUCCGCGAUCAUCCACCUCAGGAAGAUUCUUUUGUUACCCGCGAAUGGGAUUUCGUGUCGGAUAUCACCCGGAUUCACGCAAACUUGAGGAGUCUUCCUGGUGCUGAUGGUGGUGGAGAUGGGCCAGAAGCUGUAACGGCAGCUCUAGCUCGAGCUUUAACGAUGAGGUGGAGGAAUGACUGCAACAGGGUCGCUGUGUUAGUAUCGGAUGCUCCGCCCCACGGUAUUGGAUCUCAGGGCGAUUACUGGCCCUACGGUGUACCAGGUGUUCCGGACCCUCUUGAUCUGGCGAGAGAGAUGCUCAAAAAGAAGAUCACUUUACACUUCGUCGCUUGCGAACCGAGCUUGAGUCGCUUUCAUAAUGCGCUUGAUUUUUACCGUGGUCUGACCCGCAUAACGGCGGGCAUCGUAGUCCCACUGCUUGACGCCAGGUUGGUCCCUUCACGAGAACCCUCGUUGGUGGUGAAAUACCUCCAUGCCCUAAUGCGCGUCAGAGGCCGAACAGCCGACCAAUUGAUUAUGGAGAAUAUUUAUGCCAUGUCUGAUGAUACGAAGGAAAAUGUAGAAAUCUGGUCGUCAGCUCGCAGCCUCGCUGAUGCGAAGGCUCGAUUGGAGUCCUACUACUAGGUGGUUGGGUAUACAUGAAAUAGCAGUGCUAGGCGCGAAGUUGUGUAGGAUAUGUUUUGAUGUAGGCCGUGAUCUUAAUACGUACUUGGCCAAAAUUCUUAAUGUAAAGAUAUGUGGAUUGUGACAUAUUUCUAACUUUAAUGACGAGGAGUCUUGCGAAGAUUAAAAGGCAG